GGAUGCGUGGUGGAUGAAAUUUCGAUAGAAUAGUUAGAUUUUGUUGAGUGGUGCAUAGAUUAUGAAUUGAUGUUUAAGGGAUUUUGAGGAGUUUUGUGAAAAGGUAGGAGCAGCGUUGAAGUGUUGUUGUGAAUUUUGAAAAAUUGUGAAAGAUGAAUGACAAAUUGAUGGAUAAAGUUAGUUCCUUUGGAGAGAUAUUGAGGAUUGGAGGAUCUGAAGUUGGGCAGAAGAUCAGUGCUGGAAUGAGCUCCAUGAGCUUUAAAAUGAGAGAGUUCUUCCAAGGCCCAAAUCAGGUCGAUAUGCUCAUUGAGGAGGCCACUGCUGAAACUUUGGACGGGCCUGAUUGGGAAACGAAUCUUGAACUCUGUGACAUGAUUAAUCAGGAUAGGAUCAAUAGUGUUGAAGUCAUACGAGGCAUAAAGAAGAGGAUUGUGCUGACAAGCCCCAGGAUUCAGUACUUUGCUCUGGUGUUGCUUGAAACCGUUGCAGAGAACUGUGAUAAGGCAUUCUCAGAAAUUGCAGCUGAGAAGGUGCUAGAUGAUAUGGUGAAAUUGAUUGAUGACCCUCAAACUGUUGUAAACAAUCGCAACAAGGCUCUCAUGUUGAUUGAAUCUUGGGGUGAAUCCUCAAGUGAACUUCGCUAUUUGCCUGUUUUUGAAGUAACAUACAAGAGCUUGAAAGAAAGAGGAAUAAGUUUCCCUUGUCGUAAUAAUGAGAGCCUGGACGCUCCUCCAAGAUCUAUAACAGAUUCAGAGCCAAGUGCUACGUUUGCACAACAAAUCCAUGAUGAUAUUCCACCUCCCUUUACCUUUUCUGCAGAACAGAUAAAGGAGAUAUUUGAUGUGUCAAGAAAUAGUGCGGAGCUUCUUAGCACUGUUUUAUUGUCUUCACCUCAGCCAGAUGCUUUGCAGGAUGAGUUGACAACUACACUCGCAGAACAAUGUCGCCACUCCAUAAAUACUGUUCAAGGAAUCAUUCAAACUGCUGGGGAUAACGAGACUCUCCUUUUUGAAGCAUUGAAUGUGAAUGAUGAACUCCAGAAAGCCCUCUCCAAGUAUGAAGAUAUGAUGAAACCUGCAGCAGCUCUAUCAGUAACAGCACAAGCCCCGGCACCUGCUAUGGUACCUGUUGCUACUGAGCCCAACGAGUAUCCCCAUGCCGGAAAAGAAGAAGCCCUGAUCGAAAAACCUGCAGGCUCCCAUAGCAGAGUCCAUGGUGAGAACAAAAGCGACAUAUCUGAUGAUCUUGAGAUGGUCUUCUGCAGGAAAUCCGGCAGCCCUUCGGAAUUAGGACAUGAUGACCAGAAGCUGCAACCAGCGAGGGAUGAUCUCAUUACCUUCUAAUUUGCUCCAUAGCACUAGACUUUAGUUAUCCAUUCCUUUCCUGAUGUCAAUGAGAGGCCUUUUAAGAUGUUCUGUAUUGACAUUGGUUUGAUUUACGAUUAUUAAAUAAAUUAAUAUUCGUAAAA